AUGGCCAAACGCAAGAGGAACGAUACUCCCAAGGAGACUAAGGCUGUUGAAAGCCCGGCAAAGACUGUCAAGUCCACUGAAUCACCGUCGCAAACUCCAGAUGCAGCACUAACUAUCCAAGUGGUCACCGGCUCCUACGACCGUGUUUUGCACGGUUUCACUGCUGGAAUUCCUGCAUCUUCCUUGACCCAAGAUACUACGGAUCCUAUCCAAUGUGUGGACUCUUUCUUAUUUGAAGCUCAUGGAUCCGCAAUCCGUUGUCUAGCGAUCUCUCCCAUCCCCAAGGUCACCGACUCGGCAGACGCCCGGAAGGUCAUCAUGGCCAGUGGUUCAACAGACGAACGCAUUAAUCUCUACUCCCUGUCUGCUGCUCCACCCGCCGUGAAUGAAGAAUACCCAUCUGUGCCGACACUGGCUGGAAAUAAAAUCCUCGAGAACCCUAAGAAUCGAGAGCUAGGAGCUCUGUUACACCACUCCGCCAGCAUCUCAGCUCUGAGCUUCCCAUCCCGCAGCAAGCUACUCGCUGCAGCAGAGGACAACACAAUUUCUGUGUCAAAAACGCGUGAUUGGACUGUAGUCUCAACUAUCAAGGCGCCUCGCCCUAAGGUCUACGGUCGUCCUAGUGGCGACACUGCACCUCCCGACGCUGCACCCGCGGGCGUGAAUCACUUUGCAGUGCACCCAAGUAUGAAAUUGAUGUUAAGUGUAGGAAAGGGGGAGAAAUGCAUGCGACUGUGGAAUCUGGUAACGGGCAAAAAAGCUGGUGUCCUGAACUUCUCUCGAGAUGUUCUUCAAAGCGUCAAGGAGGGCAAAUGGAAUAGUGGUGAAGGGCGACGUAUUGCAUGGAAUGCAGCAGGAGAAGAGUUUGCGGUGGCCUUCGAAUGGGGAGCUGUUGUGUUUGGAAUUGACUCCACACCCCGGUGUAGACUUCUGCCCAGUCCUCGAAGCAAAGUUCACCAAAUGAAAUACAUCUCGCGGAAUGGGGAGGAAAAUGAAGAUUUACUCGCUGUUUCCACAGAAGACGGCCGUGUCAUCUUCUACUCUACCCAAGACCUUCAAAAGCCAGGGGAUGACUCUGAGUCUGAAAUCCCAUUUGCUACACAGGUGGCUCAGGUUGGUGGUAAGGAAGCUGGAUACCCAGGACGCAUCAAGGAUUUCGAAAUUUUGAGCCUUGGAGAGCAAUCAAAAGAGCUCUCUGACGGUUUCUUGAUCGUCACUGGAAACAGUGAGGGUAUUGUGCGUAUUUGGAAAGUUUCAGACAAGGAACUCAUUCCAUCCAAGUCCUCUAAGGCUUCCCAGGAGACAAUCCGCCAGGUUGGCAAAGUUCUUACUACCUACGAAACUGGAAACCGGAUCACUUGCCUGGUAUCAUUCAUCAUGCUGCCUGCUGAAGAUCAAUCUACACUGAUUGAUUCAGAUGAAGAAGAGGAGGAUGAGGAAGAGGAGUCAUCGAGUGAUGAUAGUGAUGAUGAGUAA